AUGGAGGGUGAGAGGGACUGGCCAACCUCAGUGACUCUAAAUACUAUUGUAAAUCUGGUAUACGAAUUCUCUACGGACGCUUUGGGUCUGAGAGAAAGUGCCGAUGACUUGCUGGACGAGCUUCGGACUAAAAUCCGGCCAUAUCUCAUCAAUCUCGAUAUCGAUAUGCUAUCCGCUGAAGCCGUACUACGCUACAAUAUCGAUCGAUCGAAUAUCAAUGAAAAUCGGAUCGACUGGCUACUUACAUACACCAAAUAUCAGAAGGAGAUGCGACGUGUUCUGAAUGAGCUAGCUAAUUCGGUAUGUGACGAUCUCGAGGACAGUCUCGAUCUGCGGCGUAGAGGAUGCAUUGCUCGGCGACCAUGUUCGGAGACCAUCGACAAUUUGCAGGAAAUGCGACGUGGAAUGCAACGAGCCGUGGCGCUACUUUGUGGUGGCCCACGUUCUGUGGCCUGA